AUGCGAAGGCGCGGGGACGCGGCGCGGACCCGGGCGGGUUGGGGCCGGUACCGGCAGCGGCCGGUGGCACUUGUGCCCGGCGUGGCGGGCUCGCCCCGCCCCCGGCGGCAGCGGCGCGCACUUAAGGCGCUGGCGGUGGCGAAGGGGCGCUGCGGGGCGGGAGCGGCGCUGGCUCGGGGCGCUCCCCCGGUUCGCCCGGUGCUGCCCACGUGCCGCCGCGAUCGCUCUCAGCGUGGCGGCCGCGCUCCGGGGAGGUGCCGUAGGGAAGGUGCCGUAGGGAAGGUGCUCCGGCCGAGGGGUUUGCCGGCUGCGCUCCCGUCUAGCAGUCCCGACUACUAGAAAUACCUUUGGCUUCGGCACGGCCGGUGGCUGAUGGAGCUCAGUAGUUGAGAGACUUGACCGUCUGUCUGUGUCCUGCGUUGUUAAAGCCUGCUCUUUUUUUCUGCGUGGGAAGUUUUAGCCAGCGGGAAUGUCCUGAGAGUAGAGAUGGGAGAUAAAGUGUAAAGUAGCUUGCAGAAUUGGCUUCUGAAUAAGGGAGCGUCUAAAAUACAAGUUUGUGCUUCGGUGAGGGAACUGGGGAGUUGGAGACUUCAGUGUUGGUUACGUUAAAGCUUUAAAACAUUGAAUUGUGAGAGGAGAAUUACUUGGAAGAUAUUAGGACAUUGUUUUGAAAAUAAAUGCUUAACAGUAGAAGAAAAAUAGAGUGUGAUUAUCGUCUCAAAACAUUUCAGUUUGAGUAUUUAACUUUUGACUGCGGUUGGGCUGAUAAAUACUUUCAUUCUAGACGUAUGUUGCAAAAACAUUUGUUUGUAGACGUAGUUUAACCACCAGCACAUUUUGUAUAGUUCCUCUGAUGAUAUGCAUGUGAGCAUUAUAUAUGUUAUACAUUAUUUUGCAUAUCUUAUAUGCGCAGAGAUUAUAAAGAUAAUGUAUGCUAUGUUUGCAUUAUAUAAUACAUGCAGAUAAUUGUUUUAUCCUGUGACUGAUGCACUUAAAAUAUGAUGCCAUAUCAUAUCACUCAGAAAACCGGAAAAUUAGAUUUGUACCACAGACUAAUAUUAUGGAAUUUGUGCUUCAGAUGUCAUUUGAACAGUGGUAUGCCUUUUACAGCGUGUGUAUAUUUGUUUUUAAUGUUGCAGAUGCCUUUUGAUUGCAAGACUGCUGAAAUGUUUUGAGGGCUGCCUCUCCUUUCCUAACCAUGAACAGUUCAAAAUCACCAGGACUGGCUGGAUUUGGAAUCUUAAAAAACACAACCUGCCACACGGAGAAGAAGAUUUCGGUUUUCUUUUCAAUAAUCUUCAUGACGGUGGGAAUUUUGUCCAACAGUCUUGCGAUAGCAAUUCUCAUGAAGGCGUAUCAGAGAUUUAGACAGAAAUCGAAAGCCUCCUUCUUGCUUCUUGCUAGUAGUUUGGUCGUCACGGAUCUCUUUGGCCACCUCAUCAAUGGAGCCAUUGCAGUGUUUGUGUAUGCAUCGGAUAAAGACUGGAUUCGAUUUAACCAGUCCAACAUUCUUUGCAGUGUUUUUGGCAUCUGCAUGGUUUUCUUUGGUUUGUGCCCGCUCUUCCUGGGCAGUGUCAUGGCUGUUGAACGAUGCAUUGGAGUCACUAAGCCAAUAUUUCACUCUACAAAAAUGACUUCUAAACAUGUGAAAAUGAUGUUGACUAUGGUAUGUCUGUUUGCUGUUCUUAUAGCUUUGCUGCCUAUUCUUAGGUUUAGAGCCUAUCAAAUUCAAGCAUCGAGGACCUGGUGCUUCUAUAAAACAGAACAUGUUGAGGACUGGGAAGACAGAUUUUAUCUCUUACUUUUUUCUUGCCUUGGGUUACUGGCCCUUGCUAUUUCAUUCUUGUGCAAUGCUGUCACAGGAAUUACCCUCUUAAGAGUCAAAUUUAAAAGUCAACAAAGACAAGGCAGAUCUCAUCAUUUUGAAAUGAUCAUUCAGCUCUUGGCUAUAAUGUGUGUUUCUUGCAUUUGCUGGAGUCCAUUCCUGGUGGCAAUGGCCAGAAUUGGGAUAAAUGAGAGUCGUUCCAAGGAGAACUGUGAAACAAUAAUUUUCGCUCUCCGAAUGGCAACGUGGAAUCAGAUUUUAGAUCCCUGGGUGUACAUUCUUCUCCGGAAAGCCGUACUUAAAAAUCUGUACAAGAUCACAAGGGGAUGUUGUGGUGUGCACAUCAUAAACUUGCAUAUGUGGGAACUGAGCUCCAUCAAGAAUUCUUUGAAGGUUGCAGCAAUAUCUGAGUCACCAGUAAGUUCCAAACAAAUAAAUCUACAGCCGCUCAGCUCUACAGGCCAAUAAAGUUAAACACAGUGUACGAAGAGAUGAUGGAGGCAACGCUCGUGCACGGGCAAGGUCUUAAAAUUAAUUCUGAGGCUCAGUGGUUUGGCAUUUGUUUUAAAUUGUGAGUGGUUUGCUCUUGUUGCUUACUGGUUUAAUAUUGCUACUUCAAAAGAUGCACUUGAAUGUUUUAAUUCCCUUCAGAAUACACCCCUUCCAAAACUGGUAGUAGAAUGAUAAAUCAUCCUGUAGUUCUCCCUUCCAGGUACUAAAGUGAAGAGAGUUCCUUCUAAUAGUCCCCACCGAAUCCUUUACCUUAGCAGCCUUCUUAAGAACACACGCAAGUGCAAAAGCGAUCUCUAAGGUGAUUUUUAAAAGGGGUGGAUUUUACCUGCCAGUGAUACCCCCAAACCCUUUGCUGAGUCACUGCUUCCUGGGGUAAAGUCCAUAAGGGUAUUCUGUGCUUCUAGGCAUUGAAUUUUCCAGCUGGACACAUGAAAGGCAUUUUGCUUGUGCCCAGCUCAUUAAAAGAUCCAGUUUGCUUCGUUCAUUGACUUGACCUCUUAAUUGUUUACUGUUCCAUGAAUUUUUGGGAGAGCUGCAGACUUCACCAGUGUAAGCAUUCCUUUCAAACCACUGACAAAACACGAGGUUCCCUGUGGGAGCACAGAAGCAGAUUGGCUCAGCUUGCUUACAGUUACAUUUUCCUAUCUAUCGGUGAGUUUUUAGUCCUUUCAACAAAUUUGGUUGAAGUUAACAGGCAUAAAGCUCUGGGUAGUCUGUGAAAAGACUGGGUUCUUUUUUUUCCCCCCAACUGAAGGCAGUUUCUUGAAGCGUUCCCCUAAUGCAUAUACUGAAAUGCUCGGGAGGUGCCUCUGCUUCAUUUGCAGAAGGUCACGCGUGUCUCGUGAAAACUCUGUGUGGCCAAAUGAGCACCUCUGCGGGGAACUGCACUGGGAGCGGGGUUGUGGUUGUGAAAGCAAACUGCACGCUCCGGUUUUGCGGGGUCUGUGUCCGAAGAGCUGAGGGCAUUCAGUAUAUGCGAGGGUGCCGGAAAGUUUUCAGGACUUUAAACAGGAGGCCCUUCGCCUUUAAUGCUGCUAAAAGAAGCUUUGGGUUUUGUGACUGUAUUCUGUUCAGAAGCAAAAAUGAGAGCAUCAGAGACUUUGUAGCAGAGGGAUUGUUUUAAGAUAGAAAUGUUUAUGUUGUUUUUGCCUACCUAACUUCAAAUAACUCCAUUAGUGAAUUGCUGGUAUAUUUGGACAAAGCAGUUAAAAACUGAUUCGCCAAGAAGACAGUCCGAGGGACCAAAACUAUUCACAAACUACAAAUUCAUAUUGUAUGCGAGAAUAGUUUAAGUCAGAAAAUAAAAAACCCGAAAGGUUUAAAUACUUCAAUUUUUUGUUUUAAAAGCAAUUUCCUUUUUGUUUUAAAAAGGUUGAAAAAUAAGUGGGUUAAAUAACCCGGUAAUGACAUGAAAUGGCUUCAUUUACCCUAAAGAAUUUCUGUAUGUGAUUUAUUUCCUCAGUCACAGAGCUGAUAAACCAUGGGCAGGUUUGAUGCUGGUAUAAGCUCAGCACUGUUGCUUCACGUGGGUUCUGCUGAAAUCUGGAAGCGUUCAGUCAGUGCUUGGUUUGGCUUUUUCAUUACAUAGAAUGUGAUGCCAGUGUAUCUGUUGACAUAAAUUAUUUGUUCUUUGUGGAAGAUUGUUGUUUUAGCAGCUGCAAAAAAAUGUUGGUCCGUAAAUUGUUGAGAUAUUUGAUCCGUGAAUGAAGCUCAUCAAUGUUCCAUUUUGUUAUGUGAAUAAAUGUAGUUUGUGUAGUUCAUACUGGUUGACUUGUAAAACAAACAAAAGUUUAUAUGUAUAUGUGAUUUCUUAUAUUUUGUGUACUAAUACAUAUUGAAUGUAAAUUGCAAAGCCUCAUUAAAGUUCUCAAACUG